UACCGCGAGCACCGCGAGCCCGCGUAGUCGCGACCGGCAAGUCGGCCGCAGCGGGUGACAUGCGCCAGUGACACGGAAGUGACACGCGAGUGACACGCCAUUGAGUGCCGCCCGAGUGACGCCGAGACGUCGAGUGACUUUGAACUUUGAACCGCGGCCACCCCGCCGUCGCCAUGGAGACGGAGACGGACCAGAUCCUGUCCAGGACGUCGCUCAAGCCGACGGCGCCGGAGUUCGUGCCCUCGGCGAAGCCCGACGGCGACCCCGCGGCCGUGGUGGAGGCGGUGCCGGAGACGGUGCCGGAGAGCCCGGAGGACUCCGACGACGACGUGCACGUGGUACUCCGGUCGCCGGGGACGUUCCUGCCGCCGCCCAUGCGGCACCGCGACACCACCGACAGCCUGGCGUCCACGUCGUCCGUCGACAGCGACCGGUCCGCCGACAGCCCGCUCCGCGACAAGGACAAGGACGACGCCGCCAACAUGGGCGACCGCUCCGACACGGGGUCCGAGACCGAGGACGCGCCGCGCGUCGCCGUCAAGGCGGCCAAGCCGGCCGAGUCCGCGGCCACCGCCGACGACGACCUGCCGCCGUUCGAACCGCCGGACGAGGAGCUCAGCCAGCGCAUCGUGGACCAGGUCGAGUUCUACUUCUCCGACGUCAACAUCACCAAGGACGCGUUCCUGCUGAAGCACGUCAAGAGGAACAAGGAGGGCUACGUGAGCCUCAAGCUCAUCUCGAGCUUCAAGCGCGUCAAGCACAUCGCGCGCGACUGGCGCGUCGUGGCGCACGCCCUCAAGCAGUCCACCAAGCUGGAGGUGAACGAGGCGGGCACCAAGCUGCGGCGGGUGGACCCGCUGCCGGCGUACGACCAGACCACGCCGUCGCGCACCGUGGUGGCCAUCAACCUGCCACACGACAAGCCCACCAUCGAGAGCGUGGCCGAGCUGUUCCGGUGCUGCGGCGACAUCGCGCUGGUGCGCAUCCUGCGGCCCGGCAACCCCAUCCCCGCCGACGUGCGCGCCUUCGUGGCCAAGCACCCCGAGAUGCACGGCGUCGUGUCCGCGCUGGUGGAGUUCGUGCGCACCGAGUCCGCGCUGGUGGCGGUCGCCAAGCGCGACUGGGACUGGCGCUACGCCGCCGGCGACCUGAGCGGCAUGCGCGUCCUGGAGCUCAACGCGCCCGCCGCGGCCGCGCCGCCCGCCAAGAAGCGCGCCGCCAACAAGAAGAACAUCCUGGGCAAGCACCCCGAGGACGCGUCCGGCUCCGAGGCCGAGGAGCACCGCUACAUCCGGUCGCUGCAGCAGCGCCGCGGGUCGUCGCCGCUCGACUUCCACGGCCCGGGCAGCCCGGUGGCCAAGCACUGGCUGCAGCGGCGCUACUCGCGCGACUCUGGCUGCGAGGACAACCACGGCUUCCACUACCACCGCGCGCCCAGCUCCGGGUCGCUGUACGGCUCCGGGUCCGAGUACUCCCGCAGCCGCAGCAACUCGGCGGCGUCCUUCGACCUGGCCGGCGUGCCGACGCUGGGCGGCCGCCGCAUGUCGGCGGGCUGGGACUCGGGGUCCGAGUCAUGCUGCUCGGGGCGCUCCUCGCGCUCCAACAGCGCGGCCUUCAUCCUGGACGGCGUCCACGGCGUGCACGGCAUGACGGCGCUGCGCCGGUGCUCCGCCGGCAAGGACUCGGACUCGGACGGCUACGGGUCCUUCCGGUCCCGGAAGAGCUCCGCCGGGUCCGACAUGAGCAGCCGGCGUGACAGCGGCGCCAGCACCGGGCCCUGCUACGUCGGCGGCCGCCGCGGCAGCGCCGCCUCCACCGGCAGCGGCGUCGACGACGACGGCUACCUCGGCGGCCGCCGCGGCUCCCACCAGGGCCACCCCGGCCACCACCUCGAGCACCAGCUGCUGCGCCGGAUGGCCGCGCUGGGGCUCGGCGGCGACCACGGCCACCACGGCCACCACCACCACGACUGCUGCUCGUGCGCGUGCUCGCACCACCACGACCACCACGCGCACUCACCCACCGGCCCGGCGCCCGCCGGCUUCGGGCCGCGCCGCAACUCCGCCGAGCUGUCCAGGAAGCCGGCCGUCUUGUUCGCGGCGGCGGCGGCCGCCGCGGCCUCCGCCAGCCAGCCCACCGGCGGCAACCCCGAGCACGCCGCCGUGCGGAGGCUGUCCGGCGCCGGCAUCCCCGAGAACAUCAUGAGGAUGCCCCGCGGCCCCGACGGCGGCAGGGGCUUCACCAGGGAGAACGACAUCCCCGAGGUGUGCUAGGAGCACCUGGUUCACCAACCUCACCCGCCAACGCACAGCCUGGGGGCUUCACCAGGGAGAACGACAUCCCCGAGGUGUGCUAGGAGCGCCCGGUUCACCAACCUCACCCGCCAACGCACAGCCUGGGGGCUUCACCAGGGAGAACGACAUCCCCGAGGUGUGCUAGGAGCACCCGGUUCACCAACCUCACCCGCCAACGCACAGCCUGGGGGCUUCACCAGGGAGAACGACAUCCCCGAGGUGUGCUAGGAGCGCCCGGUUCACCAACCUCACCCGCCAACGCACAGCCUGGGGGCUUCACCAGGGAGAACGACAUCCCCGAGGUGUGCUAGGAGCACCCGGUUCACCACCUCACCCGCCAACGCACAGCCUGGGGGCUUCACCAGGGAGAACGACAUCCCCGAGGUGUGCUAGGAGCGCCCGGUUCACCAACCUCACCCGCCAACGCACAGCCUGGGGGCUUCACCAGGGAGAACGACAUCCCCGAGGUGUGCUGGGAGCACCCAGAUUCCUCCAGCCUCAUACGCCAACGCACAGCCUUGGUGAGGGGCUGAGCCACGCAAGAAGAAAGUGAGAAAUGCCAGUUUUUGAAAGUCGAUUCGAAUUGCGGGAAUUCGAGAAAAGUGCUGUGAGCCCUACAGCGGGCACGUGACUUACAGUGGACUCCCCUGUGGUCGGCGGCGCCUCGGCGCCUGUCCGCUUUCUUGAGUGCCAAUUGUCUGUAAACGGUCUGACCGUUUCCGCGGUGCCGUUCCACUGUAAAAAGCUAGUUUUAAUCCUCAACGAACUUCCGCUAUAGUGUAGCAGCGAGGCGGAUUAGAGUGUCGCGGCAGCACAGUGGUGUGCGCAGGCAGGCGGUUCUGCGCUGCGAACCUUCCCCUUGAGGGGAUUCCCAUUUUGGCGACGGUCGCGUCGACCUCGCGAGGCGCGGCGGAGAGUGACCCCCCCCCCCCCCUUUCGCGGCACUUUCGCGCCCUCCGCGGUCUGGCGGCCUUGAGCCGCUCUUCGGCCCGACCAAGGUCGCGCGGGGGCG